AUGCCUUUGGGUCAAAAGCCGACAAAGGAGGAGAUCCGUCUUGCCGAAGACAAAGAUCACUCUAAGUAUUGGAGGAGAUGGGGAACUUAUAUGGCUCAGAGGGCUUGGGGGUUGCCUCGUGAGGAUUACACGGCUGAUGGAGACGCAUGGCAAUUUGACUUUGAGACUUCUAGGUCUAGAGUCUACAGAUGGACGGAAGACGGGUUGGGGGGUAUCUGCGAUAACCAUCAAUACAUCUGUUUGAGUUUAGCCUUCUGGAAUGAAAAUGACGACAUCCUCAAAGAGAAACUGUUUGGACUUCCUGGAGGUGUCUCCUCAAAGAGUGGCAAUCACGGUGAGGAUGUUAAGGAAAUGUAUUAUUACCUGGACAACACACCAACCCACUCAUACGCUAAGUUUCUAUAUAAAUACCCAAUUGGCAAAUUUCCCUACGAACAGAUUUACCAAGAGAACUUGAGGAGGACAAAGCUGGAGCCUGAGUAUGAGAUCACAGAUACUGAUGCCUUCAAGGACAACAACUACUUUGACAUUUUUUUUGAAAUGGCGAAGGAUGCGGAUGAUCCUGAGGAACUUAAUUUCAGGAUCACAGCCUAUAAUCGGUCUCAGGCCGCAGCUCCUCUGCACAUAAUGCCACAGAUCUUUUUCCGGAACACAUGGGCUUGGGGAGAAAAGCAGAAUGCUGAAAAGCCGAUUCUUUCAAAGGAGUUCCCUGACUCUGAGUAUUCCAUAAAGGUGGACCAUUUCAAACUAGGAGAUCGCCGUCUCGUUUUUGCUCCUGCCCCGGGCGUGGAUGAGGAUUCGGAAGAUGUCGAGCCGAAACUUCUUUUCUGUGAUAAUGAAACGAAUUUCAAGCGGCUCUACGAUGUGGAAAAUAAGACCAAGUACACCAAGGAUGGUUUCCAUGAUUACAUCGUUGAUGAAGUCGAAGAGGCCGUCAAUCCAGAGGGGAAGGGAACUAAGGCAUGCGCUUGGUUUGUUUUUGACGAAAACGGGGGUAUCCCGGCUGGCGACUUUGUUACAAUAAGGUACAAACUAACGAAAAAGAAGGAGAUAGAAUUCGAUGAGGAGGAGUUUGAUAUGGUAUUUGAGGAACGCUUGUCUGAAGCAGAUGAAUUUUACUGGAAUGUCUCGCCUCUUCCACUUCCCCAGGAACUUCGCAACGUUCAAAGACAGGCUUUUAGUGGACUGCUAUGGAAUAAGCAGUUCUACCAUUUUAUUCACGAUUUUUGGUACAGAGGAGACCCCAAUUCUGACAUUGCUCCUGUGAUUGGCAGGGCCAACGGGAGAAAUAAAGACUGGAAAAACUUGUACAAUGAAGACAUCUUAUCGAUGCCAGAUGAUUUCGAGUAUCCUUUCUACUGUUCUUGGGACACCGCUUUCCAUACGAUUCCGUUCGCAAUGAUAGACCCAAACUUUGCCAAAAAGCAGCUCGACUUGCUCACCAGAGAAUGGUAUAUGUCUCCUCAAGGACAAAUUCCAGCAUAUGAAUGGAACUUCUCUGACUCAAAUCCUCCUGUUCAAGCAUGGGCUGCUUACAGAAUUUACAAGAUAGAGAAGAAGAUGUACAACUACCAGGACAGGCAAUUUUUGGAAAGGGUGUUCCAAAAGUUCCUGAUCAACUUCACGUGGUGGGUCAAUAGGAAGGAUCCCGAUGGUAAUGGAAUUUUUGAAGGUGGGUUUUUGGGUUUGGACAAUAUCAGCCUUUUCAAUAGGUCCGAGCCUCCUGCAAACGUUGAAUUGUUUCAAUCGGACUCCUCUGGAUGGCUGGCCUGGUAUGCUCUAGUCAUGAUGAACAUUGCUUUGGAACUUGCAAAAGAGAAUCCCGUUUACGAAGAUGUGGCAUCGAAAUUCUUUGAACAUUACUUGCUCAUUGCUGAUGCAAUGUCCUACUUGGCCCCUCCAGGCGUUUCCAAUGAAGAAACUCUCAUCCCUACCCCGGAGUCUUUGUGGGACGAGGAAGACCAAUUUUUCUAUGACAAAAUUCAUUGGGGAGGUAACAAAACCUCUGCCAUGAAAGUUCGUUCUUUGGUCGGACUGAUUCCGUUGUUUGCAACUUCUACUCUUGAGCCUGAGCUACUUGAGAGGUUCCCGAACUUCAGAAAAAGAUUGAAUUGGCUGAUUGAAAACAAGAAGUACCUCAUUGAAAGGAAUAUCGCAUCUAUGGAAACGAAAGGUUCAGGAGACAGACUACUGCUUUCCCUGGUCAGUAAGGAGCGUUUCAUUGCAAUCCUAGAAAAACUGUUUGACGAGAACGAAUUUUUGGCACCGUACGGUAUUCGGUCACUUUCGAAGUAUCACGAGAAAAAUCCCGUUUCCAUGGAUAUUAGUGGCCAAGUGUACACCAUCAAUUACCUGCCAGGAGAGUCUGACUCUGGUCUCUUUGGAGGAAACUCCAAUUGGAGAGGACCGAUUUGGUUUCCUACAAACUUUUUACUGAUCGAAUCGUUACUUAGAUUCUAUCUAUAUUACGGUUCUGAUCUCAAAGUUGAGGUUCCAAAGGGCAGCGGACAACUUAUGAAUUUGGCACAGGCAGCCGAAGAGAUCCAACAGCGUCUGAUUCUUCUGUUCUUACCAAAUGAAAAUAAUGAACGUCCAUAUCAAGGUCCGGUCAAAGAUCCAUUAUUGAGCAGCGAAUACUUUAAAGAGCUUGUCAACUUUUACGAGUAUUUCGAUGGAGACACUGGACGGGGAUUGGGUAGUAAGUGGCAGUGUGGCUGGACAGCUCUCGUUGCUCGGUUCAUCCAGGAUGUGGGAGUUGCCUGUAGAACUCCCAACAGACCGCGGCGCAGGAGGUCGUAUUACGACGAGGAGGAGAUCAAAAAUUAUACACCUAGGCCAUCUCCAUUUCCGUUGCUUGUUCGGCGCAAGUCUGGUAAGUCGCUAUUGAAUCUUACUGCAGAAAAGCUGGAUAUUGAAGACGACGAGAAGGCCGUACACAAAGUUCCAGGCCUGAGCCGUAGAACAUCAACUAAGACCAUGAACUCCGAUGCGGACCAACACGAAGACCUGAUGAAGCAAGUGCGUGAUGCAAUGGCCAACUACAAAGUGGAAGACGAAAUUGUUGUUUCUAGUGAGGAGUUCGAAACCCAGAAAUGA